GAAGACGAGACGGCAUGUUCAAAUAUCGUUACCGCUAACUGCAAAAUAGCUCCGGCAACAGCGUUUUCUUCAUUUCUGCUUUCAGGUGUUGCUACUUUGUACUGGGCAUCAAGCUCAAUUGCGAGAGGUCAUUUCCGAAGCUUUGAAACUGAAAGCUAGGGUUUUGGGCAAGAAAGAAGGGCAUGGAGGCUGCGGUCGUCGACGCUGGCUCAAAGCUCCUCAAAGCAGGAUUCGCUAUCCCUGAUCAGGCUCCUGCUAUGAUCAUUCCUACUCAGAUGAAACGCAUGCUUGAUGAUGGAUCAGUGACUGAUGAUUCAGUAACUGAGGAUGUUACCAUCGAUCCAAUUGUGAGAGGGUUUGUCAGAGAUUGGGAUGCAAUGGAGGAUUUGUUGCACCAUGUUUUAUAUACUGGCCUGGGAUGGGAAAUUGGCAAUGAAGGGCAAAUUCUAUUCACAGAUCCUCUUUGUACGCCAAAGGCUAAUAAAGAACAGUUAGUGCAACUAAUGUUUGAAACGUUCAACAUAUCAGGCUUUUAUGCCUCAGAACAAGCAGUGCUAUCACUGUAUGCUGUGGGACGUAUCUCAGGAUGCACUGUUGAUAUUGGUCAUGGAAAAAUAGAUAUUGCACCAGUAAUUGAGGGUGCUGUUCAUCACAUUGCCUCAAAAAGAUUUGAGUUUGGUGGCAUUGAUUUAACAAAUUUCUUGGCUCAAGAACUCGGCAAGUCAAAUCCAGCUGUAAGCAUCGGCUUGUCUGAGGUUGAGAAAAUAAAAGAGCAAUACUCAUGUUGUGCUGAAGAUGAAUUAGCUUAUCGGAAAAUCCAGGAUUCUUGUGUUCCGGAGAAACAUACCCUUCCUGAUGGACAGGUGAUAACCAUUGGGAGGGAAAGAUAUACUGUUGGUGAAGCUUUAUUCCAGCCAUCUCUAUUGGGUUUAGAGACACACGGAAUCGUUGAACAGCUUGUACGAACUAUUUCAACUGUGUCAUCGGAUAAUCACAGGCAACUGCUGGAAAAUACUGUGGUCUGUGGUGGCCCUUCUGCUAUGACUGGUUUUGAAGAAAGGUUUCAGAAGGAAGCUAACCUGACUUCAUCUGCUAUUCGACCCACUCUUGUUAAGCCUCCAGAAUAUAUGCCAGAAAAUUUAACCACAUAUUCUGCAUGGGUGGGAGGUGCCAUACUCGCCAAAGUAGUUUUCCCACAAAAUCAGCACGUAACUAAGGCGGACUACGAUGAAACCGGACCUUCCAUAGUUCACAGGAAAUGUUUCUGAUGGCAUGUGGUCGUGGUACAAUCUCUACAAAUGUGUAGGUUCUUCACACCAACUCUUUAUGUAGCAGGUGGUAGCAGACCCUGGAUUGACUCUGAAUUCUAUAUAUGCUAGAAGCCUUGAAGUCUAUUUGCUUCAGUUAUCCUAAAAAGAAGAAGAUAUUUAUGGAGCUCAAGGCAAGUAGGGGAUUAGAUGAUUUUGACAAAAUUUGUUGAACAAAAGCACAUGUUUGAUAUUUGUUGAUCGUGGAGUAAGGUUAUUCAGUGUAAAUUUUCUGAAUAUAAGGUCCUAGAUUUUAAUUUCCCAGCAGAUUGUUAA